AUGGAUACGAUAGAUUUCGAUAUCAAUGAUGCUCUUAAGCAUUAUAUGAGCGACCCCGCGACUGUUCCGACACCAGAGGCAGAUUCCAACCUUGUCGAUUGCGAAAAUGACCCCGAAUCACUCACAAAUGCCCUGGUCAACAGUGUCCUUAACCCCAUCGUGGAUUCAGUUGCAGAGAAUCCAGAUGCUAUUACAAGAAGUUCAUCAUUUGAUUCCUUGCAAUUCCUGCUAAAGUGUGUACCAGUUUGUCCUCAAUCUACUCAAAAUUACCCCACCGAACCAGAUUCUGAACUCUUCAAACUUUCUAGAUCCUCUUCCGCCCUACCUACACAUGCCUUGAGCAAAAUAUUUGACCUCAUAGUCUCCGGUCUUUCUGCUGAAGCGGAUACCAUCCAUAACGAUCUCGAAACAGAUGAACAGGAAUUAGUCGCUCACCAUAAACAAUUACUGGAGAUCCUUGGAUUCCUAUUACAAUGGACGAUCGCAGCGGUGGAAACCAAGGCGGCUGAGAAGUCGACAACUGCUUCGGUGGCCCGUGGAAGAGGCAAGGCCUCAAAAGCUAAAGCAAGUGCGAAAAACGAGAACUGGGACUCAUCUGCUCAAUUACAAACAGCACUUGACACUAUGUGCAAGGUCCUAAAGUUAAAGCUCUCAAAGAUAUUUCUAACAACAUCCGAGAGGGAUACAUUUAUUAGUCUAUUUACGAGACCUGUGUAUAUGGUACUAGAAAGUGAGCAAAGAGUUAAGAAUACAGCAAUCCGGAUGCACGCUUUCAAAGUCCUCUGCAUUGCUGUUAAGCAUCACGGCCACGGUUAUGCUGCACAAAUAUCUAUCGUGCAGAAUUUGACCUACUUCGAGCAUUUAGCCGAACCUAUGGCCGAAUUUUUGCAUAUUCUAUCCGAGCAAUAUGAUUAUCCUCAAUUAUCGGACGAAAUAAUUCGAGAGCUUAGCAACAAAGAAUUCAAUAGUAACGAUACCAAGGGACCGAAGUCGGUCUCGGCAUUUAUCGUCAAACUCUCCGAGCUCGCUCCUAGGCUGGUUAUCAAGCAAAUGACUAUGCUGGCAAAACAACUGGAUAGCGAAAACUACGCAGUACGAUGUGCCCUCAUCGAAAUCUGUGGAAAUCUCAUAGCAGACCUGAGUAAGCAGGAAGAACGUGGCGAUAACCACAAAUCACAACUCAAUGCAUUCUUUGACGUAUUGGAAGAACGAUUCUUGGAUAUCAACCCUUACUGUAGAUGUCGAGCAAUCCAGGUUUACAUCAAGCUUUGUGAACUCGAACAAAAGUUUCCAAAGCGUCGACAGAGAGUCGCCGAAUUAGCCGCGCGAAGUUUAGAGGAUAAGAGUAGUAAUGUCCGCCGAAAUGCCGUCAAACUCUUGGGAACCUUGAUCAAAACCCAUCCAUUUAGUCUAAUGCACGGAUCACAGUUGAAUUUCAAGGAGUGGAAUUCUCGAUUAGAAGCCGUUGAUGCGGAGCUGAAUGCACUAAAGCCUCCAGCCGAAGCAGCUGGAUUAGCUGAUACUACCACAGCAGAAGCAGAUCCCCAACUACUAGACGAUGCUACUGUUCUGGAAUCGGAUUCUCCCAAGAAGGCUCAAGCACCUAUGAGCGACGAGGAUAAGAUUGCGGCAAUCAAAAAAGCACAAGAAGAAGCUGCUACUUCAGAGGCUAUCAAUAAAUUAUCUUUGACCAGACGAUACUAUGUUGAGGCUCUUAAAUUUAUUGAAGUUCUACAUGGAGCUACUACCAUUAUCUGUCAACUGCUUGGAUCGAAGAAUAAGAGCGAGGUUAUUGAGGCUAUGGACUACUUCGAAGUUGGAGAUGCUUACAAUAUCGAACAAAAUAAGCUUGGCAUCAGAAGAAUGUUACGUCUAAUCUGGACCAAGGGUAAUAGUGACGAAGGAAAGGGUGUUCAAAAUCAUCUUAUUGAUUGUUACAAACGUCUUUUUUUUGAAGCCCCCGAUACAUACAGUGGAAACGAUGCUGCGAAUUACGUUGCACGUAAUAUGAUUAGUUUGACGUUUGGAGCGACACCGGCAGAAUUAACCUCCCUUGAGCAACUAUUGAGCACCAUGAUGAAGGCGAACCAUAUUCCGGAUCUCGUCAUCUCAAAACUUUGGCAAGUCUAUGGAGUCCAGAAGAGAGAAAUUUCGAAGAGUCAGAGACGAGGUGCAAUCAUUGUGUUGGGUAUGCUUGCUACCGCAAAGCCGGAGAUUGUGGUUGGGGAAAUGGAAACAAUGUUAAGGAUUGGUUUGGGGAGUCUUGGUAGAUCAGACUUGCAGUUGGCCAAAUACACAUGCUUAGCACUGCGACGAAUUAACCCUACUGGAAGACAAGCGACGCAGCAAACUUCGAAGCUUAGUAACGAUCAUGCCGUCCUCGGAAAGUUGGCUGCUAUUAUCGAAGUGGAGUCUGAUAAUAAAGAGUGGUAUGGUGUAGCUGAACAGGCGAUUAGUGCCAUCUAUGCCCUUUCGAAACAUCCAGACAACCUUUGCUCAGAGAUCCUCCGAAGAAAGACAAAAAACGUAUUCCAGCGGCGAGCUGCGGCAUCACCUCAGCCCAAAUUGGAUGAGGACAAUGAUACAGACAUGAUGGACGUAGAUAUGCCGGAUGCAGACGCCGAAGAACAGGGACGGGAAGAAGAAGCGCCACCAGCGGAGACCGAAAUUCCAGCACCGUCCGAAAACAAGCAGAAGGGUUCUGUUGCAUUAUCGCAACUUCUAUUUAUAGUCGGACAUGUUGCUAUCAAGCAGAUUGUGCAUCUUGAGCUUUGCGAAAUGGAUUUCAAAAGGCGGAAGGUAGAUGCUGAAAAGAACAAAGCAGCGGAGACACCAGCAGACAAGGCCGCGAAAGAAGCUGCCGAUGAUCUCGAUAUGAUAGGAGGAACAACGGAAGAUGAUUUCACGGACGCCAUGGCACACAUCAGAGAACGUGAACUGUUAUUUGGACAAAAUUCCCUACUCGCUAACUUUGGACCACUUGUGGCUGAAAUUUGUUCCAAUAACACAACCUACAAGGAUCGCAACCUUCAAGCAGCUGCUACCCUUUGCUUGGCAAAGCUCAUGUGCGUCAGCUCGGAAUAUUGUGAAACCAAUCUUCCUCUUCUCAUCACUAUUAUGGAGCGAUCGAAGGACCCGAUUAUCCGUUCGAAUGUUGUAAUCGCUCUUGGUGAUAUGGCCGUCUGCUUUAACCAUCUUAUCGAUGAAAAUACCGAUUUCCUUUAUAGACGAUUGAACGAUAAGGAUGCAAGUGUGAAGAGAACUUGUUUGAUGACUCUCACUUUCCUCAUUCUUGCCGGUCAAGUGAAGGUCAAGGGACAACUAGGAGAGAUGGCUAAAUGUCUCGAAGAUGAUGACAAACGUAUCGCAGAUUUGAGCAGAAUGUUCUUUACUGAGCUGAGCACGAAGGACAACGCUGUAUAUAAUCACUUUGUUGAUAUGUUCAGCUUGCUGAGUGCCGAGAAGGAGCUUGAAGAGGAUGCUCUCAGGAGAAUCAUUAAGUUCUUGGCUGGAUUUAUUGAAAAGGAUAAACAUGCCCGUCAACUUGCCGAUAAAUUGGCAGCUCGAUUAGCUAGAUGCGAAAGCGAAAGACAGUGGAAUGAUGUCGCAUAUGCUUUGAGUUUAUUACAACACAAGAAUGAAGAGAUUACCAAGUUGGUACAGGGAGGGUUCAGAGUUGUACAGGCUAGUGCUUGA